AUGUCCAAGGAGAGCGACCCCAACGAGCCCGCCUCGGGACGAGUGUCAACCCCAGUAACGCCCAAGAGGAGAGGUUCGACCCCCGUCGCGAGGGGUGUCAGAGCCGGACUCGUGGGCCGAGUCUCAACGCAUAACAGCGGUGUGUCUGCAGUGGAUGCAGGCCGCCACUCUGCCACAAACCAUGCCAAGACGCAUGUUCCGGCGGGAGCUGCCGUCCAAGCUGCGCAGGCCGCGACGUGA